UUGAAACGUCUUUUAAGGUUUUCCAAAGUCCACUUAUUACAUCCAUUUUUCAGCUUUAGCCUUGAUAUUUACUUCUUCACACUUCAACAAGACUCUCCUAAACAGGCGCAGACUGUUAAAUGCAGGUUACGUGCUAGUGUCACACUUUACGUGAUUGGCGGGCGGGUUUGUGUGUCUGGGAACCUGCUACUGGUUUCACAUCCACAGUCCACAGCACGCACACAGAGGCUCAGACGCUCGCUCCGCACAUACAGCAGCAGGAAAAACAAACUCUCCUCACGUCGCUUAGAAGACACAAACUGCCGUAAAAGAGAAGUCGUCGCGAUGUUAAUUAUGAAAUGCUACCGUUUAGUCUGAGUGGACAGAGUGGACAAUAAGGAAAAAGCUUUUGAAAAGUGGCUGAACUUUGACAGCUGGAGCAAUUAACCGUGCGGAAAGCAUCGUUCAAACACAUUGCGAAGAGUGGGUCUCAUCCUCUCCACUUAACUGUUUGCCAACUCUUAACUUCUGCCUGCUUCAGAGAUGAGUGCCAAAUCAGCCAUCAACAAGGCGGUCUUCACACCCCACGAUGAGAAGAUGCUUGUUGCUGUGCAAGUGAAGCGGAGGACCAAGAAGAAGAUUCCCUUCCUGGCCACCGGUGGUCAAGGAGACUACAUGACCUUCAUCUGCCUCUCAGUGACAAACAAGAAACCAUCGCAUGUAUCCAUCACAAAAGUGAAGCAAUUUGAAGGAUCUUCUACCUUUAUAAAAAGGUCACAGUGGACAAUUGACCAGCUACGACAGGUCAAUGGCAUUGACCCUAAUAAAGACUGUCCAGAGUUUGACCUGACGUUCGAGAAUGCUUUUGACCAGUGGGUUGCUGGUUCAGCAGGAGAGAAGUGCACCUUUGUCCAAAUUCUUCACCACACCUGUCAGCGCUACAGCUCUGCCAGUAAACCAGAGUUCGUCAACUGUCCGUCUAAACUCCUGGGGGGUAACAGUAUACUACAUUCAGCUGCAGACAGUGUGACGAGUGCUGUACAGAAGGCCAGCCAGGCUCUGAAUGAGCGUGGGGAGCGAUUAGGUCGGGCUGAGGAGAGGACUGCAGACAUGAUGAACAGUGCUGAACAGUUUGCUGUCACAGCACACAAGCUUGCCAUGAAGCACAAGUGUUAAACCACUGCCAAAACCAACUGGGCUAGGGGUGGCCAAUCACCAGUCGCUGUACAGGAGAAGGAUUCCAGAUUUUAUUCUUUUUAAAAAAUUUUAAUAUGAGUACUAUUUGUUAACAAAGUUAACAAUCUAAUGUUUAUGGUUAUUGUAUUCCAGUGCAUCUUGUUAUUAUUGAUGGGGACACAGCUAGCAGAAGGGAGGAGGAGAGGUAAACAUAGUUAGAAUGUUUCACGUUUCUGUUUGCCAAAACAGUUACAAACCACAGCCAUGACUGUCUUUUAUAACUACCGUGACUCUAAACCCUUCCCCUUUUCACUCAGACUCUAAUGUGAGUGUACACAUGCUGACAAGUUAUCAGCUAACACGCCAAGACAAGGGAUAACAUGUUUCUCAGAUUAUUGUUUACUGUUAUUUAUGAGCACUGCAGUGAUUAUGCAGUAUGAUUAAUGAGUGACAGGCCUUCAGUGCACCACAAACACAUACCUAAAGAGAGCCUAGAUGUUCCUGUUUGAAGCUUAGCUUGUACCCACAUAAAUAAUUUGGCAUCAUAUUUGGGGGAGUGGGAUGUCAGACAAAAUAAAUACUUACAUCUGUGCCUCCAACGCAGAGAAAACAUCUACUCUACCCCUAAACAUUAAUAAAUCCACAUACAUUCAUUUUCAGUUUAUUAAAUAACUUCUCUCUUUUGAUUGUUUGGACUUUUCACUCUUUAGGUUUGUUAUGUCCAUCAUUUCAAAAUGUAUCAAAACAGUAUUAAUCAAAAGUGUUUCUCCUUUGCUAGACUUGUCUACCAUUCAAAACAACCAAAUCUACAUGGAAUAGGUUGCUAACAAUUUUGUAAGUGUACUUGAAGAAUUUUGAGAAUAAGCUUGUUUUUUAAUUUAUGGUGAAGGGGGGCAUUUCAGUAAACCAGCUUCUGCAUUGUAAACAGCAAAACCUGUAAUUCUUCUAGUACUAUUAUCAAUGUCUGUAGAGCUAAAUAGUCCCAUGAACAUGGGAUGUUUUGAAAUGAUUACUUAUUCCUGGCUGUAUUUCAACUCCGAUCACUCAGUAGUUAUACCUUGUGCUUUUAGUAUAAUUUAGGUUGGUCAUUAUAAUGACCUGUAUUCUGGUAGGUAAUGGGCAAAAUAUCUCAAAUAGGAGCAACAGUGUAGUACUUCAUUUUUUGCCAGUGGCCUCUCGCUGACUGUGACUUUGGCUUCCUCACUGGCAAGACCUCAUCCUCACAGUGGAGUUAUCUGAUUUUAUUUUAUUUUAUUUUUUUGGUAUUUUGACUUUUAUAAUUUUACAAUGCACUGACAAUUGCAGAGCACUGUUGAGUUCUUAAUGAAACGUUCCAGUUGCCUAAAUCUUAAUGUGCUUUUAUUCCUCUCUCUAACACUUUGGAUGUUUAUCGUUUUAAUAAAAAAGUAUAUACGAUAUAUAAAAAUGAAUUUAUAUUAUUGUGUCAUUUUUAUAACCAAUGGUUUAAUGGUUUCAUCAAAGAAUGGUAUCAGAAGUUGUACAUUUAUUUUGUUGGCUGUUCUUUAUAAUUUUUCUUGUAUUUGUGUGUUUCACUCGUGGGUGUUCCCUACUCAUAAACAGUAAGCUGCAAAAAGCUUACAAGUCUCAA